CCGCCAGACUUCUGCAAAAACACCACCACCGAGUGCGCCCACCGUUUAUACCCAAGGUCAACACUCUCCCGCACAUCAUGGCUGAGCAGUUGGUUCUCCGUGGCACCCUUGAGGGCCACACUGGCUGGGUUACUUCCCUCGCUACCUCCCUCGAGAACCCCAACAUGCUCUUGUCCGCUUCCCGCGACAAGACGCUGAUCAUCUGGAACCUUACCCGCGACGAGACCUCGUACGGAUACCCUAAGAGGAGUCUGCACGGCCACUCCCACAUCGUCUCCGACUGCGUGAUCUCCUCCGACGGUGCCUACGCUCUUUCCUCAUCCUGGGACAAGACCCUCCGCCUCUGGGAGCUCUCUACCGGCAACACCACCCGCCGCUUCGUUGGCCACACCAACGACGUCCUCUCCGUCUCUUUCUCCGCCGACAACCGCCAGAUCGUUUCCGGUUCCCGCGACCGAACGAUCAAGCUCUGGAACACCCUUGGUGACUGCAAGUACACCAUCACCGACAAGGGCCACACCGAGUGGGUCUCCUGUGUGCGCUUCUCGCCCAACCCCCAGAACCCCGUCAUCGUCUCCGCUGGCUGGGACAAGCUCGUCAAGGUUUGGGAACUCGCCUCGUGCCGCAUCCAGACCGACCACAUCGGCCACACCGGCUACAUCAACACCGUCACCAUCUCCCCCGAUGGCUCGCUCUGCGCUUCCGGCGGUAAGGACGGAACCACCAUGCUCUGGGACUUGAACGAGUCCAAGCACCUCUACUCGCUCACCGCUGGUGACGAGAUCCACGCCCUCGUCUUCUCGCCCAACCGCUACUGGUUGUGCGCCGCCACCGCCUCGUCCAUCAUCAUCUUCGACCUCGAGAAGAAGAGCAAGGUUGACGAGCUCAAGCCCGAGUACUUGGAGGUCGGCAAGAAGAGCCGGGAGCCCGAGUGUGUGUCGCUGGCUUGGUCCGCGGACGGCCAGACGCUGUUCGCUGGUUACACUGAUAACCGCAUCCGCUGCUGGGGUGUUAUGGCGAGGGCAUAGAGUGAUGUAGGCUAUGGUGCAGCGGUGUUGGGGAUGAAAUCAUGAUUCCGGUUCAUCUGUAUGCCAUGGGAAAUGAGAUAUGCUAUGCUCAUGCGGGCGGGUUUUGGAACUGGGGCUGGUCAAUUCCUUCCUAUUAGCACUUCCAGGCGCUCAGAGUCAAUGAAAAAUUCAUUCAGUCCA